AUGUUUUCGAACCUCCUCAGCGGCCGCCGCUCGGCGCAGGGGUCUCGAGCGGCUGGUGGUCGCGGGGCUGAGCGCGCUCGGCCGCUUCCGGUCCUGCGCUGCGGGCCUCAGAGGACUUGGUGCUCGGCAAACCCAGAGACUCAAACACCAUGUCCGGGGGGUGGGGGAAGCGGCGCGGGGGAGAUCCUCACGCUGUGUUCGGCAGUGAGGCGGCGAGAGCGCGCCGGUUCAGCCGGAGACCGCUGUGGGAACCGCGCCGAACACGCUUUGGGCGGCCAUUUUGUAACUCGAAUCUACCCUCAAAAUCAAUUCGAAAAAAAGGGAGGCAAGAAACGCCCCUACAGUGUUCUGAACUGGGUUGAACACACAAAGGAUGCUAAAAUUUUCCACUUGUAUACAGGUCCCUCCAAGACUUCGCUUCUCACCAUGAUUCUGACAUUGAUAUGAAAACACUCAAGAUUUCACUUCUCACCAUGAUUCUGACACUGAUAUGAUCACUGAAUGACCGUUUUCAGCAAUUCGGGCCUAUAAAAGUGUGAAAUAGAUUUUUUUUGAAAGUCCUAUUGUAUAUUCAAAAUUCUGUAACACUAGUGGUUUUCUUCACCUUGUAGCUUAUUAUGAUAAGCACUAAUUUUGACUCUGACAUUUCAACAGGAGCACUUAGUUAUAGACAACCAGGAAUGUUCAAGAAUGACUCAGGAGUAUUUUAUUGACAAGGUAAUCUUUGAGACCAGGGGGUCCUCCUCCCCCCAGCUGGAGGAAUUACACCUGGGCCCAACUUCCUGAAGUCUCAAGGUGGAAUGUAUCUGGUAUUCUUUGUAACGUAUUUCAAUGUUCAAUAGCCAAGUUCAGGCUAUUUCGUGCCCAAAUGUAUAUUGUUUUUCUCUUAUUUCUAAGAACAGUAUUAAACUGUCCCUAUAAUAUUAGAAAAGAGAAGAAGGGUCUCUUCACUGGAAGAGAAGCUUACAGAGUGUUCAGCCUUAAGUGUUUUCAGGUAUGCUUCAAGUCAAGCAUGCUUCUCUAAAGGUGAUUUAGACAAUGAGGUUCACAGGCAAGUAAGCCCUUCUGCCUACAAGUUGUGGCCUGUUUUGAAGAUUGUUUUUGUUUAGCCAAGCCCUUUAUGUGGCAUACUUAUCUGAGCUUACUUCUAAACGCAAUUAGUUGAUGUCUAUAAAAAAAAUUUGAACUCGAUCAUUCCUGGAAACUUAUUUAAUUUCAAGUUUAAAUAUAUGACUGGAAUUCUUAUUCAAAAGUUAUGUACUUCUUCAUAUGUGGUCCCAAUAAGAGCAGGGUAUUUGUUAUGUUUUACUCUCAGAAUUGACACAACUUAUUUCCAUCUUCCAUUACCCUCAGUUUCUUUAACGAUAUCAUCUACUUUGUCUUUUCACAAUUCUUAAGUGAGAUUAUUGAUUUUUCUUUUUACUUCUUGUCAACUCUUUGCUGGUAAGAAUAGACAUAAAAUAUCAUUCUUGUAAUAAAAGGUCAUUCCUGGUGAACGCUUAA